UCACCAGGCAUUGGGAGACGCGAAACAAAAGGAAGAAGGCAAAACAACUACUGGGUAUCUCAAGUAAUGCAAGCUCCACUGGACUGCAUGGCACUCGUCGAUUGGCUGGGAAUCAUCACAUCCCGUUGAUCUAUUCGCCAUUGCAUUCAUUGGUGGAUCCGCUCUGUAAGAAUUUUCUUUCAAGACUAUGUUUGAAGAGGAGAACGUGAAAAAAAUUUAGCGAUUAGCAACAAGCGGUCUCGGUUUUGCGGAUCGUUGGGCAGUGUCCUGGCAACCUGUAUCAAUAUAUAACACAAAUCAGGCCUUCCUGCAGCGGAUUUUCUGUCAACUCAUCAAGCUCAUUCCUUCAUUUCUCUCGUCUCUACUCUCAGACCGUGAUACCCCUCUUUCCCACACACUACCAACCCCUCAUAAUCACCGCCACAAUGUCUGAGUCUUUCGAGAUUGAUCCUCGGGCCAUCAAGGAGCUCGAGCUCCUCGAUGCUGCCGCGUCCGACGUCAACAACGAGAUCACUGCCAAGAAGUGGCUCAAGCAGGCUCCCAUCUUCGCUCAGCGUCACAACACCAUUGAGAAGAUCCCCGGUUUCUGGGCCACAGUUCUGGACAAUGCCGCCAUGGAGCUCGAGGGUGCCAUCACCUCCAAGGACUCCGAGAUCCUCGCCAACGCUCUCACCAAGAUCGAUGUUGGCCGUCCUGAGAUCCCUGCCAGCGCUAAGCCUACCGAUGAGGGCAUCGAGGCGUUCGGCGAGCCCCGCAGCGUCAGCAUCACCUUCCACUUCAAGCAAAACGACUUCUUGUCCGACUCUGUUCUGUCCAAGAACUUCUACUGGCGCCGCGGCAAGGACGGCUCCUCCAGCCUGGUCUCCGACCCCAUCAAGAUCAACUGGAAGCAGGGCAAGGAUGUCACCCACGGUCUGACCGACGCCGCCUACGUUCUGUGGGAGGCACAGAAGAAGGCCGGCCACCUCGACGGUGUCUUCUCCGGCGAGACCCACAAGAAGCGUGACGCUGCCUCCAAGGCUCUGCCCCAGUACAAGACCCUCGCCGGUAUGCUCGAGAAGGAGUACCAGAGCGAGGACGUUGAGGCCGCUGGCGCCACCAGCUUCUUCAACUUCUUUUCUUACCGUGGCCGCUGGAUCAGCGCCGCAGAGAACGCCGAGGCCACCUCCGAGGUCCGCGCCAAGCGCGCCGCUGCCCUUGCUGGCAAGGACGACGAUGAUGAGGAUGAUGAAGACGAGGAGGACUUUGAGUUCGCUGAGGAGGAUGUCGAGACCUUCGCCCCAGGUCACGAGAUCGCUCUCAACAUUGCCGAUGACAUCUUCCCUGAUGCCAUCAACUACUUCCUCGCUGACGAGAUUGAGAUCGACAGCGACGUUGACCUUGACAGCGACGAGGAGGAUGAUGAUGAUGUUGAGAUGAGCUAGAUUGGCGAUUUGACGGCCAAUCGCUCAGAAUUGUAGGAAGUUGGAUGUCUAUAUACCCCUGCUUGGACACAAGCAAUAUCUAGUAUGAUGGAAUGAAAAGCAAUGCCCUUA